CUGUAUACAGUUACUGUCCGCUUUCGGAGCGCCAACAACAGCGGCAUCACUCACCGAUGCAUCAUGGGAGCCGAAGUCACGGGCUCUUCAGUCAGCUGACAGGUCAUGUGACAAGCCGGAAGUAAUAUCAGGGAAAACAGAGGCGGCAGCCGGUGAAAUGAGUUGUACGCGGGGCUGGCGGCUGAUUUUAUUGGGGCUCCUGUGUGUGGGGUUACUGGGCACCCGGGGGCAGGACGAGAGCCGGAAGGUCUCGGUGCAGUACAAUCCCGGCUCCUCUGACACGUCGGUGAAUGUGGUGCAUGUGCGAGCGGUGGGGGAUGGGAACACUAUUCACUAUGUCUGGAGCACCCUGGGCACCCCCACAGUCCUACUCAUUUACACCCACAGUGAGACGAGCCAACUGCAAGUCAACUGGACCAAACUAUUGUCUCCAGCCCCCCAGGGGGCCCUCCGUGUGGAGCCAGAGGAGAGUGUGAGCUAUGCCACCGCCCUCCUGUUCACCAGGAUCUUUGAAUAUCAGGAUGUGAACAACACGGCCAACUUCUCCGGGACAGACGAGAAGUAUUUCUACCCCCCGUACAACUUGUCCGAAUUCCUUUGGGAAAACGCCAACGCCACCGUAAACGCCACGUCCCUCAGCGCCAACCUGACCGGCUCCAAUGCCACCGACCCCUCCGGCAGCUUUCACAAUGGCAGCGUCUCAUUCAGCAUCUCUGCAUACAACACGUCAGGACGAGACUCCUCCCCCCCACGCCUGCGUCAUACGGCCAACUGCACCAAGCUGGAGUUCCUGGUGUCGGGGGUCAGGCCUCGGGGCAAUAACUCCCGCUUUGCCCUAGAGAUGGUGACUAUUGAGAAAGAGGGGCGCAGGAAAAUGAAGUCUGUACUCUCUAUAGAUGAUGAGUACACCCCAACUAUAUUCGAGAUGAUGCAGUUAGUGGCAGUUGCACCCAACUCCAGUCACGCCCGUGGCUUUCUCCAGUGGAAGUCAGUGGCCUAUGGAUCUCCCAGUGGCUCCCGAGCGGAUCUUCUCCCGUGCCAGCUGUACCCGCUGCAGCCAUUAAACGCCACUUUCACUGCCACCAGUAUUGCCCACGCCUACUUCGGAGAUGACUUGGCAGACGCAUACAACCUGGAGGCCUUUAAUAUCUCAUUCGGGAUAGCGGAUGGCGACUUUUAUGACAAACACGAGUUUCUGAGCUGGUCAGCCCUGAUUGGCUACGGCGACCCACCCCGUGACUCCUUUUCCAUCCUGGUCAUCUGUAUAAUGGCGGUGGCCCUGGGCACCCCUCUCUUGCUGCUCAUCAUUGGGACUGUUCUGGUGACGGCCGUGAGGCACAAAGUCUAUCCCAAUUACCAGCCCAUAAACUGACCAAUGGCCUGUGGACUUGGCUCAUCAAUUAAUAACUGGAAGCUCAGUCGUGUCCCCGGGUUCCUUGGGUCGUCCCCAGCACUGCCUGGAUAUUGGGCAAAGCCUGUUUUACGUUUGUUUUUCUCUUCAUUGAUGGAAACCCUGUAUUUCUGCCAAAAACCACUAUUUUUAACAAUGCACUUUUUUUCUUUCUUUAAUUCCCCUGCACUGACCCAAGGUAGGUUCCCUUUAAGGAGAAGUUUCCACGUGAUUCUAGAAUGGCCCCAGCAAUAAUCACCUCAACACCUUUUUAUAUAUUAAAAUAAACGGACCCUUCUCACUGGGGCACAGGGGGUUAAUCUGCUGCAACUGCCCAUUCCCUGCAGCUCUCGGACUAGACCCAGAUGGCUAUUGGCUUACACUGUAACCCCCUACUUUGUGCAUUAACCCUUUAAGUGCCAGGUUUUUACAUAUAUGGCGCUGGCGGUGUAAAGACGCUGAACCCUAUUGGAGGUGUCCACAUUCGGUUACUGGCACUGAAAGGGUUAAAUACGGAUCUUCAAACUGCUGCCCUACAUUCUACUUGAAGUUACGCUUAAUAAAAAAAACAAAAAACUGUCGGUUAAAGUAAAAGAGGGGGCGGUUUCCAGGCAGGUCUUUGAGCCAGGCAGCCAAUCAAAGGGAACAUGUAAAAAGUGCCUCGUUAGGAGACGACUCGUCUGCUCCCAAGAAGUGACACUUUGCUUUUUCUUAUUAACACUUUCUCUCCCAGCACCUUAAAUCUAUCCUGUGUAAAUACUUCCUUUGCCUUUAUUUUGUCUUCAAUAAAACAUUGUUUUUCUGGUUA